AUGGCAGAGGGCAGCAACUCUAUCAACGUGGCUCAGAAUCAGGUCCCGCUAGCCGAUAUUAUUAAUACGGCCCAAAACUUGCUUAGCAUGCUAAAUAACAGCAUAACUAGCGUUAGACCUAUAGACAAUAGGGAAUCCGGCGCCUCAUCAUCUCAGGGACAGAAAGAGGACAACCAAGGGACAACCAGGCCUUUGCGGGCGCAUUCGGUACAUCAGGAAAUGGCAAGAUCUUUUCCAGGGCUCUUUCGAAAGGAAGCAAGGGGGAAAAAGCGAUUCACUCAGCAUCACAGAAAACCAAAGUCCUUCUCAGUUAAUUUUGUCUUUUUGGACAGAAAACAGUCAAAAACACCAAAAGGAGAGUAUGAGCUAAGACUUCUUUUAGCAGGACUUGGAAAACGGUCUUUGCUUGUUGACGAAAUGAUGACUCACUCACAGUUGAGUGAGAUGCUUUGGAAGGCCUACCCAAAGCUUGAGCUUGACACUGUGGACAUGGCACCAUUACCCCCUGAUGCACCUGAGUUUAAACUCAUGCCGAAGGCUCCAUGUGCCACCUGCAACAUGUUGGUCCCACUUCAGUCACUUCCGCUACAUGUCAAGACAUGUAAAAAUGAGCUUGUGGACUUGUCAACAUCAGAUGAUGAGCUACUUAGUGAAUGUCCAAUGCCAGCAAUGUCCCCAGAAAAGAAGAAAGACAAGACUGAAUGUCCAGUGUGUAAAACAUUGUUCUGCACAGACCUAAUAGAAGUCCAUGCAGCAGAAUCGGAAGUCCAGAAUAACACAGAAGACAUUGGUUUUGUCUCAAGCAAGGAUGUUUCUGACUUUGAAGUUCAUUCUAUCGAUUCAUUCCAAAGUUUGGACCAAAUACUGAGCUGGAUAAGUUCUCAAGUACAGGAUGGCACGUUUGAAAUUUGUGUAUCAAGAAGUGAUAUUUUCAAUAGAGGAAUGCAUCAGUGGCAGCGCCAGAAGAAGUCCUCUCCAAAAUUCAAACUGAUGGUGUCUUUCAUAGAGGAAAACGGCUUUGACACGGGUGCCCUAAGAAAGGAAUUCUUAACGGAGAUGAUUGCAGAAAUAGAGAAAAGGCUCUUUGUUGGUGGUGUGGACAAAAAAGGGAAAAAUCCAGUCUACUGUCUGGGGAGCCUGGACAAAAACUAUUUCCGAGCUGCUGGUGAGAUUAAUGGCAGCGAGUAUUGCCCAAGGCGGACCACUCCCCUCCUUCAUGAGAAAGUGGUGUUAUGCAUAUAUUUGUUCAGGCGAUGCAGAUGA